AUGAACUUGCGAGUACACAUUCUUAGUGCACUAGACUUGGCUCGCACCAACGAAGCCAUCAAUAUCCUGGACACUUUGAUCUCCCUUCGUGGCCUUCCAGAAAUUCCAGAAAACCUACCCUCCUUCGCUGACCUGUAUGCGCGACGAGAGUUUGCCUUCUUUUUCGCCGCUCGGGCACGCGGGUUCUACGCCAGCGAGUCCCACAAUUCCCUGAUUGCCAUGCACGUCGCGAGCGUCAAUGUUCUCAAGCAGUACUUGCCGGACAGCUACAACACAAAGUUCCUGUGCCCCCAGUUCGUCUCCCAGAUGCGUCACGGACCGUUGGCAAAUGCCCGGAACGGAAUUGUCGAGACGACGGUCAGCAGUCGGACGGUCAAGAUGUCCCCCAACACCACCACCACAGGCAUCCCAUACCUGUACCAUAGUAUACUGGCGGUGAACACAGCACGGGAAUUCGACACACUUGUACGUGAGUCUAUGCUGUUGUUUGAGGAGUACGCGAUGCUUGUCGAGUUGUGGAACACAAAUCUGGCCGGUCCCGAGAUGAACGAGCUGGUGGGGUUAGCCUGGGAGACAAUCAUUGCAGCACCACACGAUUUCCUUGCGUGCAUGUUCAGACUUGCUGACGCCGACAACAUGCGUAUCUUUCUGCAGCUGGGGCGGCUGACAAGAUCAACCAACAAUCCCAGCUACCUGUACUGA